GCAUCCAGGACAUAAUAUCGUUUAACACGGAGCAGAGUGCUGGCGACGCCCGGCACAACCUCGUCACGGCCACAUGCUCGAACACAAGCUCGGCAUUGAAGAGGCUAUCGCAAUGCUUUUCAGGCAGCACGUCGCUCUUCAAGAGAGGUUCUUGAAGGCCUACCAUGCCUUCGAGCCGCGCUGGGGCCCCGCUACGAACGAGCAGCUCCGGGAGGCACUGCGCGAUCUCGCGAACUUCCCGCGUGGCAUAUAUUGCUGGCACUUCGAGGGAGGCAGGUAUUUUGGAACGAAGGCGCGGAGAUUGAGGUCACGCGGCGCGUGCAGCUCUUACCACAGCUGCUUAAUGGAGAUCGGAGGCAAGAGAAUGUCGUUAUCCCUGUCAUAGACGAGAUGUGGCGCAGCACGUUGAAGCUGUGGUUUAAUCACCGAGGGGGGGCUGCUUGAAUGGAUCACUGAGUCG